AGAGAUUUAUACUGUAUCUUAUCAUGAACAGCUACUAACACACUGGCUACUGUACGUGUAGCUUACACUGUAGCAUAUAAAUAUUUAUCUCAAUAUAUCAGGUUAAGUAUUUCCACACAUUAAGUGAAUGUCGGAUAUUUGUACAGAGUUGACAGAAAACAAGCAGAGGGUUGAACAAGAGGGGAAAUCCGGAACCGCUAUCAGGCUGUCUACUGAGAUCUGUGUGACGACAGGAUGCCGGUGAAGAAGCUGGACGACGGGACCGGGGAGACCGUCCGAGUCCUUGAGGUGGACGGAUACUACGCCCCGACCUUCGAUAUGGUGUUGCAGAAUCAAGAAGAAGACUUCCGAAGCAUUCCAAACUGGCCACUCAAACCAGACGACAUUUUAAUCUGUGCCUACCCAAAAGCCGGGACGCACUGGCUAUGGGAGGUGACGUCAAUGCUUGUGAACCAGUCCGCGGACCGCAUGAAGCUCAUCAAAGAGACGUCCAUGCUGGAGGCGCUCACAGGAGAGAGUUUCUCCGGCAUUCUCUCCCCACGGGUUCUUAACACCCACAUUCCCCUCAACCUCAUGCCGAUGGACACACUAAAAAAUAGGACCAGGAUUAUAUUUGUGCAAAGAAACCCGAAAGACAUCUGUGUGUCAUUCUAUAACCACCAUAGUAAACUUGUCGAAUAUGAAUACAACGGGAAGUUUGAAAAUUACGUGAAUAGAUUUCUAAACGGAUUAGUUGACUACGGUUCGUGGUUCGACUACACUCUGGGCUGGGAGAAAGUGAUCUUGGACAAUCCAGACCACCCGUUCUACGUCCUAGCGUAUGAGGACAUGAAGGCCGACCCCGUUAAAGAGAUUGAAAAGCUUAGCGGGUUCCUGGGACUGAAGACAUCUAAAGCGUUAGCAGCAGAGAUAGCAGAGAAGUGUGACUUCCAGUCGAUGAAGCGGGAGAAAGACCCACUGGAAAACACGGCCGACUGGAAGGGUGGCCAGCCUGGCAUGUACAGGAAAGGGCAGGUCGGGGACUGGAAAAACUGGUUCACGGUGGCACAGAGCGAAAUGUUUGACGCCGAGUUUCGUCGCCGGAUGCAAGGAUCUAAUUUUACAUACCGCUUUUCCUAGCCACUAGCUGACCUUACCCAUCAUAGCCGUUCAGCUAUAACUCCGGUCCAGCUGAUUCUCCUGCUACCGACUACGCCUCUCCUACCGAUUAUCCUAGCUUCCGGAUACGCCUCACCUACCGAUUCUUUUAGCUACCGGGUACGCAUCACCUACCGAUUCUCUUAGCUUCCGGAUACGCCUCUCUUACCGAUUCUCCUAGCUACCAGAAACGCCUCUUUUGCCGAUUCUCCUAGCUUCCGAUACGCCUCCCCUUCCGAUUCUCCUGGCUUCCGGAUACGCCUCUCCUACUGAUUCUCCUAGCUUCCGGAUACGCCUCUUCUUCCGAUUCUCCUAGCUACCGGAUACGCCUCGCCUACCCACUAUAUACGCCUUUUCUACCGAUGUUCCUUGUCGCUAGAUUCGCAUCGCUGUAAUUUUCUAGCCGUCCGAUGCAUCAACUAGAAGAAGCCAGCUACAACAACGAUCGCGCAGGGAAUGAGCUGACAUUGUUCAUUACAUUUUAAACUAGCUAGUCUUCCAUUGUUAUUGUUACGCGGAACUGAAAUAAUAUACACCUUUUUAAAUG